UAUUACAUUUAUUGAGGAAUGGCAACCCAAGCUUCACAACGCAAAGAGUACGCUGCAAGAUCCCAAGCUAGCAACAUUCUAGACGGAACACAACAGCCAGAUAUUCAGAAGCCAGGAAGACGUCUGCAGCAGCAAGCAGUGAGCGAUAUAUUCAGUGAAGAGGGAGACCCUAGCGCCAAGAAUUACGACAGAGCAGCUCCAUCUCUCGCUCCCUUCCUCACCGACAAUAACGCAGUGGAUACUCACGGCAGAUUGGGCGGAUAUGUUAACCAAUCAGACUCUUUAGUCUUCAAGGCAGGUGAAAUGCAACCCUACGAGAGUGAAUCAUACCAUCCAACAACAAAUGCUAAUGGUGAGAUUAUGUAUGUGGAAUCAGACGGAGCCGCUGAACAAGACGCCAAGUAUUGUGAGAACCAGAACGUAGCACAAGGACACAAGAAGAGGAACAUGGCCAGCAACAUAUUCGGAGAACAAGACGCCCCCACCUCGGCUGAUCCUCGCAAAGCUGCCUACGAUCGCAAGAACAUUUCUAAUGUAUUCUAGGAAAGCUGAAACUGCUGAGAUCUCAGUGUGAUCGCGUUAAAUGUGCUAUUUUAAUCUGUAAUAUAUUAAUAUUUAUUAUUUCUUCAACACUGGACUUGAAACAAACGCAUAUUUUUUGUUAAAUUUACAAAUUUUUAAAUUUGUGAAGGGCUGGUUACCCACAAUUCAGAUGUUUUUCAGUUUCUGGCGGAUUAUUUCUGUUAUUUAUUUAAACAAAUAAAUUGUCAUUAUUGACAAAUAAAUUGUCAUUAUUUUUCUGCUAUUUGAUCCAGAAUAUUGUUCAGAUUCACACAGAAUUCACACAGAAUAUACUUAUUGGUUUAUUGGACAAUUUUUGUUGUCCAGUGAUGAGAA